CCAAGUUCUUCAAGAACAUUUCCGUGCCUCUCUGAAAUUAUGGCAUUAGACUAGUCACGAAGAGAUACCUGUGCAUUUAGAUCUAUUAACGGCUAGCAGAAGGGCUCUAAUUUUUGUAGGAUUCUAUCUGUUUAUAACCUAAUAUUUGUUGUUCUUUUAAUUCGUGUAAGAACAUGCAAUCUGUUGGAGAUGCUCUGAAAUAAUUGUCCAUCUAAAGGCAAUUUUUUAAAUCGUCAAUUCGCUUUAUAGGAUAUACCAUUCCAAUAAAACGAGCCAAAAAUGUAUUUAACUCGAAAAUUGUUCCUGUUCUUCGUAUGUAUAUCUUUCUUGUGUCUCUCUCGGGCACAAAAUGAUGUAAAUUCGGAUCCUAUUUCAACGGAGGAUAUAAACAGUAUUUUAAGCACCAUAUUGCCAACAGUGGAAUCAUCGACACCACAACAAAAUGGAUUUUCUUCAGAAAUAUCAGCGAAUUCUGUUACUGAAUCUUCAAGCAGUGUAAUGACAACAACAGAGAUGGAAACAACAACACUGAGUGUGCUACAAAAAUGGCAGAAAUUCGAAAAAAUGACAAAAGUAUUUGCAAAAAAUUCCAUUAAAAACGUAAUGGCAGGCCUUAUUGAAGGAUCUGGUAACCUGAAUGUGUCAGCAAGUUGCAGAAGAGAUGUUCUAAAGCUCCUUAUUGGUUUAAGAGAUAUUAAAACAUGGGCAUUUAGUUUUAUCGACGCCAGCGGCAAAAUCAUUGAUGGCAUGCUGCAAGGAACUAUGUCCUCCUUGGGGGAGUAUGACCAGUGUGUAAACACCACAGCAGUGGACGAUAAACGUGGAAAGAACUUUGGAAAAGCCAUGUUCGUGGGUCAGUAUUGUGCCAUAGAUGUGAAACCUCCUUUGCCAGCCAAAAGGAAUUAUUACAAGCUCAACGAACCUUUAGAAGAGCUCAGAGAAUUUUCAAAAGGAGGAAAUGUAAUAAACGAAGCAGCUAAGACAGCCCAGUUCUUCCAAUUCCUCUCUAUGCGUUAUGGAAUUUGUGUUCCGUCAGGCUGUUCGCCAGCAGACAUACAAGAAGCAUUAAACAGUCUAACAAAGGAAAACUACAUCAAUGCUACAGUGAAACGGUGUGAAUUGAAACAGGAUUAUGAGUAUACUCCACUUAUUAUUGGUGUGAUGACUGCUAUGUGUUUCUUUGGGUUUAUGAUGCUGGUUGGAAGUCUAAUUGAUAUGUACCAUUAUUAUGCGGAAAAGAAAAUUGCAAGUAUGCCACUCCAAAUCUUGGUUUGCUUCUCCCUCAUAUCUAACUUCAAGAAGUUCGUGAAUACUAAGACAGCAUCCGACAAGUUGAGCUGCCUGCAUGGAUUCCGAUUUUUGUCAAUUACGUGGAUCAUAUUAGCGCACACCUACCUGAACAUCAAUUUCCAAUUAUUCCGUGGAUUAAGAAAAGCAAUAAUCAUUCAGCAAGAUCCUUUCUUCCAAGCUGUAGUGAAUGCAUCCGUAGCUGUGGAUACUUUCUUCUUCAUGGGUGGCCUUCUUGUAUGCUAUGUAACAGUGAAUGUAAUACGAGAAACUAAAAAGCCGUUCAAUAUUCCUGUUUAUAUAGUGCAUCGCUUAUUUAGGUUGUAUCCUGUGUACAUUAUGGUUAUAAUAUUUAUCUUCCUGGCUCCUAUCCUGGGAUCUGGUCCUAUAUAUCAGGACCUUACUGAGAAUUUCGUAAAUGAUUGCAAAAAUAAUUGGUGGACCAAUUUACUUUUCAUAAAUAAUUUCGUUCGUGCUGAUCAUUUGUGCCUACCUCAAAGCUGGUAUGUUUCCUGUGAUAUGCAGUUAUACAUUGCAGCUUUAAUAGUCAUAAUACCAAUCUUAAAAUAUCCUCGAGUUGGCCUUAGUAUUGCCUUUUUAGGUAUGUUAGCAUCUGUCAUUGCAAAUGGAGUGACGACAUAUGUCAAUGAAUACCCACCAACAAUGCUUUUUGUCCAUCCAGAUCCGGACCAAAGAAUUCAGUAUUGGGCAAACAUGUACUUCAAACCUUUCUCUCAUGCUGGCCCAUACUGUAUUGGACUCAUGGUUGGAUAUUUAUUGGCUACAAAACCAAAUUUGAAGUUUUCUUUGCUCACCCGUUUCAUUGGAUGGUGUAGCGCAAUUGCCUGCAAUCUGGCUGUUCUUUAUGGCGUCUACGAAUGGAAUAUUGGCCGAGACCCCGAGCUUGUGGAGACUCUUUUAUACAGCAGUUUGCACAGAGUCGCGUGGACUCUGGGAGUUGCUUGGGUGGUUGUUAACUGUGCGACUGGACAAGGAGGUGUCGUAAACUACAUACUGAGCUGGAAAUGCUUUAUACCUCUUGGGAGACUUACAUAUUGCGCGUAUUUAAUACAUCCUGUUGUCCAAAUUUCAGCUGUAGCCAAUGUUCGAAUGAAACUUCAGGCUGCUCACUUCUUUGCAGUCUGGAUGUUCUUUGGGCAUCUCAUGAUCACGUAUGGAUGUUCGUUUGCUACAAGUAUGCUAGUAGAGGCUCCAUUUCUUUCACUGGAAAAAAUCAUUCUUCGAAAAUUGGGUCCGAAGCGUGAGGAAGAGGUACCGAAAACGGAAUUAACUGACGGAGAAGAAACAGAAGCUAAAAGAACAGAAAAUGGGCACACCCGUUUGAAUGGAGCAGUUGAAAAUGGUUCCGUCAGUAGACUUUGAACAAAUAUCUGAACUGACUUUUCCAGCGUUGUCAAGUUCAAUCACUUUGUACAUAUUAUGAUUUAAGAGCUUGACUUCUUAAAUUAAGGGUUGUAACUCAAAAUUGAAUUGUGCGCAACAAUAUUCGAGUUACAAAAUUUUCACGCCCUCUUUUCUUUUCAGAUUUAUCAUUUCUAAUCAGAAAUGUGUAAUGAAAUCAUU